AUAAGGACGUCCCUCCGCCUUGAUGCGCCACGUCCUCCCCGCGCGCUGGAGGAGGAGCUUGAGCGGCUCGGUGCCUGAACCUGUUGGACUGCCACGAGGGUUCUAACUAUGGCUGACAGCGGCCGGAUUCCUCAGGCCCGGGCACUUCUGCAGCAGUGCCUGCACGCCCGCCUGCAAAUACGCCCAGCCGAGGGGGACACCGAGACUCAAUGGGUGGAGGUUCAGAGGGGAUUAGUGAUCUAUGUGUGUUUUUUCAAGGGAGCUAAUAAAGAACUUCUUCCCAAAAUGGUUAAUACUCUGUUAAAUGUGAAAUUAAGUGAAACAGAAAAUGGCAAGCACGUGUCUAUAUUGGAUCUACCUGGCAAUGUUCUUAUCAUCCCUCAAGCCACUCUUGGAGGGAGAGUAAAAGGAAGAAACAUGCAGUAUCACUCUAACUCUGGAAAAGAAGAAGGGUUAGAACUUUAUUCCCAAUUUGUGACUCUGUGUGAGAAAGAAUUAGCUGCUAACAGCAAGUGUGCCGAAGCUGGGGUUGUGGUGGAACAUGGUACUUACGGGAACAGGCAGGUGUUAAAGCUGGAUACCAAUGGACCAUACACACACCUAAUUGAAUUUUGAAAAAUUAAAAGUCAGUUUCUCUAGUUGUUUUCUAGUAUAAAAUGAUUUUGCUUAUUUAGAUUUUCUUCCUCUUUUUGAAUGCACAAUCUGCAGCAUUUUUAGACAAGAAAAUCCUGGUUCCCACUCAUGACUAUGCAGCCUGAUAAUGGAACGACCUUGCCAAGUCACAAACUCGAUCUCAGUCACCUUUCAUUCUGCUUUCCCCUACACUUCCACUUGAAAACUUGAAAAAUGCUUUCUAUUCAUUUCAUAGUCAUUGUGGAAAUGUUCUUAGAGAGCUGUAUUUAAAAGCAUUUUGUAGUGAAGAAUAUUGUGUAAUCUAGUAAGAUAUAUUUCUUGUACCUUUAAAUGUAUGUAGUGUGUAAUAAAAAUAAUUAUUUUUAUUAAAAUUAGGUGAAAUCCCACACAAACUAAUUACAAUUUUGUCAGGUUUUACUAUUUCAGUUUUACAUAUUUUGAAUGGAACAAUAUGCCACUGACUAUUCCUUUUAAUAAUAUCUAUGAAAGUGUAAUAUAGAAAUGUUAUUGUGCAUUAUGUUACUUUCUAAGGACAUCUAAGUGCUUUAAAUCAUUUUAAGACUCUUUAGUUGAUACAAGAAAGUGUGAGGUUUAAAAAUUGUUUUUAUUUAAUAUACGUAUGGGUUAAUACUUCAGUUUCUCAGUUUUUUACCAAAAUAAUGUAUGUCUUAUUUUCUGUCUUUGGUUUUUAAAAGUUACUGCUUUGUGAAAUUAACAUUCAUAAGAAGUCCUUUCUUAUUUAAUUAUAUUGCUGUAAAAGGAAGAAGAAGAAAAAGGGAAGCUUUCUACUGGAAUUAUUUGGAAACAAGUCAACUUGUUCCUUUCCAUAUUACUUACCUGACGAUUUGGAGCCACUGUCAUUUUUUCUGUUAGUGAAUGUUUGUGCCCAUCACCCCCCAUUCAUAUGUUGAAGUCCCCCAACAUGAUGGUUUUGAAGAUGGGGCUUUGGGAAGUAAUUAGGGUUAAUAGAGAAAAUAAAUUUCUGUUAUUCAAGCCACUCAGUCUAUGGUAUUUUGUUAGGACAUGAGCUGACAAAGACAGUGAUAAAAGAUAGACAGGUAAUAAGGUAGAUUUUUCAGUCAAGAGAGGAAGAUAUAUAAGAAACUCAAAGAAUAAAUGGAUCAGUAAAAUAUAAUAUUCAGGUUUUUCAAAUGCCUCUGACUUGAUGUAAAAAGGUAUUUUAAAGAGCAAACACCAAAUAAUAUUUCUAAUUACCAAAAGAUGAAAUUAACUUGAAUAAACAUCUUAAGUAGCUUCUGAAGAUCAUUUAUGUCAUAAUUCCUUUAGGUCUACCUUCCUAAGAUACUUAAAGUUUUUGUUAUCACAAAAAAACCUAUUUCUCUAUAUCCUUCCUGUACUAUUCUAUUUUGGAACUUAAGAAUCAAUAAUUGGCUUGGUAAUGAGCUCAUUGUCCUUAACUUUUGCUUUAUUGAUUCAUGAUACACUUAUUGAAAUGUAAUAAACUAUUCAUAAACUUUCGAACUCCAA